CGAAUGCACACGAAAGCUUGCCACGCAAAAGUCUUAACGGGAGUCCAUGGAGCGAAAGGAGGUAGACCGCCGUUACGCCAACUUGCGAGCAGCUGCUGAGGCGAAGGUGCUGUCGCAAGCGGCUGGCGUGCCAUGGCGACGACCAGAUGAGCUGCUUACCUCUGCUAGAGAGCGGCUUCAUGAAAAUCUUGCGGCCUUCGCGGAGGCCGACCUUGAGGAUGUAAGGAACCGCUAUGCACGCGCUCACGGCGGCAGCGCUAAUCGUAUACACUAUGGAGACCAGCAGCAGUAUUUCGGUCACGAGCUGCUGGACUCGGACGAUUGGGCCGCGGCACCUGCGGCACCUACACUUGUGCCGCCCGAACCCGGGCGCGACCCCUGGCACGGGCUCACAGCGGCCGAGGACGCGCAAGCAGCUCCCUUUGCAGCGGCUGGUGCACUGGGAACUGGAACUUUCCAUGAGCCUUCCGGCGGGGCGCAGCAGCGGUUCCAGCCCCGUGCCGCCUCCACGCCACCAGAGCACCUGAACCCAAGCGUCGUGCAUGGCGCCAGCAGCGCGGCGAGCGCAAGGCGGGUGGCCCAGACAAGCGCGUGGAGCGGCGCCAGCCGCUCCCCGCAGCGCCGCUGCCUCACGCCCACGCCCGCCUCGCCACCGCGCCACCAUGCCCAACCGCAGCCGGACGCCAACGCGGCCGCGGCUGCCAUCUCCAAGCUGCUACACACCGAGGAAAUCAUCGACCACCACGCCGCCAUCUUAGACCGCAAUUUCUCACCCGGCCUGCUCACGCGCGAGCGCGAGCUUGGCAACCGCCUGGGCUGGCAGGCCGCCAGCGGCGUGCUGGGCCGUGCCAGGCUAAUGCACUCCAAAGGAGCGGUGCCCAGCAACCUAGCACUCAAGCGCAUGGCAGCCGCAGUGCAGGGCGGCGGCAGAGGCGCGUCCGGUGCUGGGGGCGCCCCCGGCGCGAGCACAUGGAUGGAGCAGCAGGGGCACGGCCGGGCGGAGCACGGGUCGGCAGAGUGGGUGGCGCGCGCGGCGGUGCUCACGACGCAGGCGCGGCCGCGCGCCAGCGCCACCGCCAAGGCAGCGGCGGUGGCGGCGCGCAGCCGUUUCGACAAGGGACAACUGUUGCACCUCAUCGUCAACAACGCCGAGCCGGCUGCGGUGGUGGCGGCGGCGGCGGGGCUGGUGCGGGGCUCCCAUGCGGGGGCCGCAGCCGCCGCGGCGGCAGCCCCACAUGAUGGCAAAAAUGGGUGCAGCGGCGCCGCGGCGUGCGGGCCUGCGUUGACAGGCUCGGAGCCGUCGGCGCAACGGGGCGUGUCAUUUGCCGGAGAGGCUGUAGCAGGAGACAGGGAUGGGGAGGGGGAGGGGGGCAGCGGCGGGGGCAGCAGUGAUGACGACACGGUCGAACUGAGCGUGGAGGAUGCGGGGGCGCCGUGGGAGGCCACCGCAUGCGCAGGUGUGUUGAUGGAGCGUUUGCGAGCAUGCAGCUACAGCCACGGCGAUGGACAGGCGGGAGCGGCGACGGGGGGGCGGGGGGUCACGGAGUUGGAGCGGCUUCGGCGUCGCUCCAUUGGCGAGCUGCCACUGUUGAUGGGCCUGCGGCGCAGCUCGCAGGGCGUGUCCUUGGGUUCGCUGUCCAAUGCUGGCGGCGGUCCAAGCAGCUACGGCGGCACCACCAGCCACGGAGACAGCAAUAGCAACAGCGGCAGCGGCUUUGGGGAGGUAGGCAGCGUGCCGGCAGUGUUGGACGAAAGCAUAUUGGCGCUGCCGAACAGCCCGCAUUCGGCAGCGAAAAAAAACGAUGCGGGCUGCUAUGGUGGCGCCUUUCCGCCGCCGCCCAUCCCGCGGCCGCCGCGCGGCGGCUCCGGCGUGCACGCUGUGUUAAGCCCCGCACCGCUGUCGUCGUCCGGCGCCGCCGCCGUGUCGGCUGUGGCAGCAGGCGCUAACAACAGCAGCAGUGGCGCUCAGUCGGCCUUUGGCUGUGGCAGCCCCUCGCUUCUGCGGCCCUCGGGCACAGGAUCGCUGCAUCCCAGCCUCUCCAACUCCCACCGGCAGCCUCCCGCGGUGUCGAUGUUCUCGCUGCCCGCGGGCAGCGCUGCGGCCGCAUCAUUGGGUGAGCGCGCAGCCAGCCCCUGCCAGCACUGCGAGCUCUCGCCGCUGUCAGCGUCGCGCUUGGUUCCGACCGGCGCCGGCAGCGCUACAGCUUGCAUGGCGUCGAUGCCGCGCCGGGACAUGUUUGCAUCCAUGGCGGCGGCGGCCUCCGCCUCCGCCUCGGCCGCUUCCAGGGACAGCGGAGUCGCCGACGACUGUGGCCGUGCUGUCUACACGGUUGGCGGCGGCGACGGCGACGGCAGCAACAGCAACCGGUCAGUGCCGCACACGGAUGAUUCUGAGGUGCUCCUGUUGGGAGCGAACAGCGCCCCUGUACCCAACCCCUGCGCAGCCCGUUUGCACACCAUCGCGCGACGGCUGCCGUCUCGCAUGGCAAGCAGUGGCAGCUGCAUCACUACCACCCCCCGACACCAACAGCAGCAGCCGCAGCGCCCUGGCACGGCGACUGUAGCUGUUGCAGCCGCAGGUGCCGCUGCCGCCGCCGCUGCACCGGCGCCGCCCGAGGAUGGGUCAUAUCCCCGUUGGGACGGUUUAUACCAGAUGCAGAGGCUGACGGAAAACUACCACCGUCGCCGCCUUGGGACCACAUCUCCAUCCCGCUCGCCAUCGCAAUCGCCUCUUCCCGGCGCCCGCGCCGCGGCCACAGCCACAACCACAGCCGCUGACGCCACCGCGAACGGCAGCGGCGGGUCUCGCCGCCGCACGAUGGAUACGGGCGAGUGGGCAGCGGCGCGGCCGCGCGCGCGGCUUAGCGGCGGCAUGCCGUAUUUGAGCGAGACUGGGGAGGCAAGCGGCAGGCGACCCUACAGCGUUCGCAGUAGCGCUGCUGACGUGAGCGAUAAGGUCUCCGAGGGUGGCAGCGAAGGCGAGGGCGAGGCGGAGGGCGAGGGCGAGGAGGAGCCAGCAGGCGGGUGGAAGGCGCCGUCGUCGCGCCCUGCUACGCCCAGUGUCGAGCUGGUGGCUGCGGCGGCACAUGCAAAUGCUGGCAGUGGCAGCGGCGGGGCGACGGGCAUUCAAGCGGUCGUGUCUCAGCCGCUGCUCUCCAGCUGCCGGCACGUCGGCGUUGCGGGCGGCCUGCUGCAAGGCCCCGGCAGCAGCGGCAGCGAGCAGGCGGCUGGCGCCGGGCCGGGCCCCGACGCCGGCGUCUUCACCACGGAAGGCGCGCUCGGCGCCCAUGGCGUCAGUGUAACGGGCGGCGGCGACAGCGCGACCGCCACCGCCGCCUCCUGCGUGGCUGCGCCGCCGGCCACGGCUACAGCCCUGCCCCACCCGCCCAGCACGCAACACCUCGUGCUACAGCCCUCGCAUUGCUCCGACGCAGCAGGGGAGGCGUCGGCUCGAGGCCGGCGGCGGGUACGGCUGCCGGAUCCAUCGGCGCUACAGCCCCUGGCGCCAACCGCCACCGCUUCCUCCUCCGCAGCCAUGGCGUCCAUGUCUAGUGAAGAUGACGACACGUCACCGUCUGAGCCCACCAGCAGCUUCGGACUGGGGUCCUUCGCGGCUACUCGCUCUACUGCUGGCAAUGCCGAUGGGCCGAUCUCGCCGCUGCCUCAGCUAGGUCCGCGUCCGCCAGCCAGCGCCGACUGCAGGAACCGCCGCCGGUCCCUCGACGACUCAUGGCUGGCGACGCAGCGGCAGCUCCUGGCAUCUGCGGGCGGGCCGCGCGCCGCUGGCGUCGUUGCGGGCUCUCGGCCGGGCACGCCGCUAGAGCCGUCACACUUGGUGCCACUUCCGCCGCGUGGCGGCUCUUGGGCAGCCGCCUCUGCGGCGGGUGCUGGCGCCGCCAGCGCGGCGACGAGCAGAAAUGGCGCGCCAGGCGCGCGGCCGGGCACCUCCGCCGCCAUUGUCAACGGCAGCGGCGGCGGCAUUGCGGCGGCAACGGCAGCGGUGUCUGCUGCACGGCGCAGUAGCUGGGCUACAUACGGUGAUGCGGCGGCAGGGCCUGGACAGGUAGAGGGCCCGCCGUCGACACGGGGGCAGCCGCAAGGGCCGCAACGGCAGCCGCUCCAGUCGCCCAUUGGUCCGACGGGGCAGCAGGCGCAAGUGGGCGCUCGGCAGGGCGGGUCUGCGCCGGCGGCUGAGGACGGCAAGGGCGUGAUGGCACGCCUGUUCAAAGCCUUCAACCACCUGAGGAAGGUGGAGGCGGCGGCGCACGAUAUGUGAUGAGCAGCAGCCGUUGGCCGGAACGCAGGGCGAGUGCGGGCCGGAACGGGCCGAAAACGUGUACGGGCAAUCAGAGUAUCAGCGACGCCCACAGUCGCAGAAGCCUGGUUUCAGUAGCCGCGGCCUUCGUGCAUACCGUGGUCACUCGCGAUGAUCCUGCAUUGGUUGCUAUUUGCUGUGUGUAAGUGUGUUGCAUAGAAAUGAACGAGCAUGUGCGUGACGGGCAUCCGUGCACUUACUUGUGUCACAUACGGUGAUUGUAUUGCGGAUUUCGACUGCGAUAUGGGUCCUCUAAGCCAUAGGCAGUGCAUGGCACACGCAACUACACUCGUCGCUUGCAGAGGAGUGCGCAUAGAGACUGCACAAUGACUGUGGGUACCCAGUAAUAUGUUUUGUCAUUCUCAGCUGGGUUUCUGGCAACGCUCUCUUUCAUAUUAUGGAUGACUGAGAGUCACGUCUGUGCCUAAUAUUGUCAUGCUGACGGCAGGAUGGCCCACAGCAGAACGUAAAUGACUCUUGUCGAAAUGAUGCAUAUUGUAUGUUAGUCACGCCGCCACCUUACAAAACAAAGAUAUAGCAGCAACGCUGCAUCUCAACCAUCUGCUGCGUGUGGAUGCUGCCGCUUUUUGUACACUAGGGCGAAGGCGGCCCCGUCGCUGGAUGGUGGCCGCCCCCUGCGGGGGGCGCGUGGCGCCUGGACGAGGCGGGGGGGGGGGGGGGCGGGGAUGACAAGUAAUAGUACGUGGCGCUCGCGGUUUUGUCGGAAGUUUAUGGAGAAAAGGAACAAUAAACUGGAUGCAAACCGUAUCAGUCACCGCAUGCAAUUUACACGGCUGGCUUUACCAGUUUACUGGGAUAAUGUUUGAUGAUUGAAUUACGCCCCGCUGUGUGCCAAAGUUCUCCUGGGCUUUGCGAGAUGUCGAAGCGCAGUUGAGCGCCCAAGGGUGCCAUGCAUCAAUGCAACCCCGUAGGGUGACAGGAAUAAUCAUCGCGCAGCGGGCUGUGCUUCCCACUUCAGCUCUGCACGACGGACCACGGUUUACCAGGAGGUAGAGCGCAUCACGCUCAGCGGCCGUUUCGCUGAGGAUGGCGGCAGUGCAUUUAGGCCAGUGGUGGUGCAGGGAGGGCGGCCUGGUGGUGCGGCGUGUCCCUUGGAAUGGUCACAGGAAGUCUCCAAUGGAGGUCCCUGUGGGAGGUCCCUCCUCUGUGUGGAUGCUGACUGUGUGUCGGUGAGGAGGCAGACGCCCCUGCAAUUGAUUGGCAAAGUUUUUGGAUGUGUGGGUAACGCACUGCCGUUUGAGGGUCCUCUUAUUGAAGAAUUUGGUAGGCUGCGGCGGCUUGUGUGUCGGCACGUGUCAAAGGCAGAAACACAGCUGUAACUGAGCACUGUUGCACUUAUGCACGUCUACAGUUUGUGGAUUGUGUGGCCCGGGGCCUUGAGCGUGGAGAUGCAGAGCAAGGGCACGUCGUGAACGUGCCGAGGCCUGACGCGUGCAUGACAGCACCUAGGCGGGCCUUGGCCGGUUUUCGUGGGGUUAGUAGCGACUGACAGAUACCUCGCGGCCAGGUAAACGAGCUGUCGGCUGACGGCAAGUCCCAGAGAUACGUGCCGUGUGCGGCGGAGCUGGGUAAGGCACGGGAAAUCGGGAGCUCAAUUACGGUAGCACUUGCGUGGACUGCUACGCAUUCGGGCUACGCCCGAAGGCGCGCCCAACUCGUUGAGCUGGCGGGUCGCUUAGGUCGCUCUUGCUGGGUACAACACACACUAGAAAAGCGGCUUCAAGCCCAAGGGGAAACAGACCAGGGGCCCUGGCCGCUGAGUCAAGCCGAGUGCGCGCUACGCACGCCAAUACUAGAGCUGACACUGGAAUGCUCAUUAAGGCACUUGGCUACCAUAUUGUGUCCCGGUUAAGGUUGCUUUUGGUUUACUCGUGUGAGGUGAUUUACAUAUGGUACUCG